GAAUAUCAUCAAUCAAGACUCAUUAAACUGCCUCGUGCUGAUAUUAUUCUAAUAUCAAUAAAUAAAUAGAUAAUAUAAGAACCAGAAGGACAAGCCCUACACAAGAGCUAAAUCUCACAAUUCAGAGUAAUUGGCAUUAGUGCCCGAAAAUUUCUUCUCAAUUGUUGAUCAAGAAUUUGAGUAUGGCAAAAGGUGAUGUUCAGCUACUAGGGUCGUGGGCAAGCCCAUAUUCUAACCGGGUACAAAUGGCUCUCAAUCUCAAAUCCAUCGAUUUUGAGUUCGUCGAAGAGAAUUAUUACAACAACAAAAGCGAGCGGCUUCUGAAAGCCAAUCCAGUUCACAAGAAAAUCCCAGUCCUAAUUCACGACGGGAAGCCUGUUUGUGAGUCCCUUGUAAUAAUUCAUUAUAUUGACGACGUUUGGAAUACAAAUGGUCCGAACAUUCUCCCUUCUGAUCCUUACGAUCGAGCAGUGGCCCGUUUUUGGGCAGCUUACAUUGAUGACACGUGGUUCCCAUUAUUCAAAGAGUUAUUCAAGGGAGGAGACGAGACGAGAGCCACGGUCCUGGCGAAAAUAUCGGAAGGAGUGACCCUUUUGGAGGAGGCUUUUGCCAAAUGUGGCAAAGGGAAAGACUUUUUUGGAGGGGAUAACAUUGGCUAUAUCGAUGUUGUAUUGGGAAGCUACUUGGGCUGGGUAAAGGUUACUCAAACAGUGUAUAGUGUGAAAUUGUUGGAUGAGACUAAGGCCCAUGGGCUGGCAGCAUGGGCUGAGAGGUUCAUUUCACAUGAGGCUGCUAAGGAUGUUGUACCAGAUGUUCAGAAGCUUGUACAGUUCUUCAUGAUGGUUCGAGCUGCAACAGCUUCUUCUAGUGAUUAAUUAGUUUUUUCUUUGUUUCGUGAUAUAAUAUGAAUUUUCUAUUUCCCAAAGGUUGUUCUCUUGGCGUGGCGAGAACUCUAAAAGUAGUAAUGUUGUGUAAUAACAGUAUUAAUGUAUUUUGCAGACAUUGGGUCGUCUGUGUUUUUAACUUUGAACAUCUGAUGAGGCGCAAUGUGUUCAGGCCCUUCAGGGAUUGCUUAUUUACCAAUUUA